CCCCGUAGAACCGUUGCUCUGGAUACCGGUAUUCCGGAUUUGACAGUUGACAGCAAACUAGGUGGGUAGACAACCGGUUUAAACGUGGCGUUAUUUUCAAUGUAGAUCAGAAAAAUAAAUAAUAAUAAAUAUACAACGCAAUGGCUGUAUCCAGCGGCAUCUCUUUACUACUUGCAAGUAUAAGUGCCCUAUUCCUGUUUUCGGGGGUUCAGAUGUAUUUACCCUGGUUCGUUGGGACCCAUUUACGUACCAUAUUCGGAGGAUACUUAGGAUCGUUAUUGUUUAUAUUUAUAUUAACUGCUGUUGGAAAUCUCGAAUCGUUUUUGUUUGGCAAAUCCUUUCAAAUGAAAGUGUUUCCGGAAGUUACGUUUUGUCUGCUAGUAGCAGUGUUUGCUUCCGCUCUGGUGCAUAGGGUGUGUGCUACAACGUGUUUUCUGUUUUCAAUCAUUCAAUUGUAUUACAUAAAUAAAUAUUCUCAAAAGGUGCAUGCAGUACCGGUUCCCGUGCAAAAUGUUCCUGCGGGGCGAAAGAAGAAGUAGAUUAUACCACGCAAUGCUUUAUUGUAGAAAUUUUAAUACUUUUUUGCUAAAUAAAGUUUGUACUAUUGUUUUUUUUAAA